CAUCCUGAAAAGUUCAGCGACUGCAGGCGAGGAGUUGUAGUUAGUAUUAGUCAUAGUGUGUUAGCAUGUCAGUAUGUGAAGCUGUUCACUGACGGAGAGGGAACAACGCUUCCAUGAUGGCGGUCACGGCGGUGCUGGCGUCUUUAUGAUGGCUGAAGUUAAUUUAAGUAGCAAACUUUGAGCCUGGCGCUUAUCCCACACUUUCCUAGUGAUUGCUAUAGAAACAACGACAUGGCAAACACUGCUUCUCUGGUGAUACAGGCGUUAGCUUUAAGUUUAUGCUUCGUAGUAUCCAAGUGUUUAUUUUCCAUACCGCUCCAGGUAAAUUCAGGGAAGUUUAACCUUUCCUCUGCGGUGGAUUUGACCCCUGUGCGGCAAGUCAUAUUAACGUCUGAUGGAAACGGCCUCUCCUUGGCUUCUGAUCCCACGGGAACCGUCAACUUUCUGGACAUGGUCAACAACUUACAAGGAGACUCUGGGAGAGGCUACUACAUCGAGAUGUCCCUUGGUACCCCUGGGCAAAAGCUGAACAUCCUGGUUGAUACAGGCAGCAGUAACUUUGCCGUGGCAGCGUCUGCACACCCUUUUAUUACUCACUACUUCAACACUGCACUCUCCACUACAUAUGAAUCAACUGAACGGACUGUGACAGUCAGGUACACCCAGGGUAACUGGGAAGGUGAACUCGGCAUCGACCAUGUCUCCCUUCCCAAAGGCCCUAAUGGAACCAUGAUCGUCAACAUAGCUGCCAUCCUCUCCUCUGAUGGCUUUUUUCUUCCUGGGGUCAACUGGCAGGGCAUCCUUGGACUGGCCUAUCCCAUGCUGGCACGGCCGGACUCAUCUGUGGAACCAUUUUUCAACUCCAUGGUGAGACAGCUGGGCAUUCCUGACAUCUUCUCCCUCCAGAUGUGUGGAGCUGGACUGUCAGCCAGCAGCACAGCAGACCUGGCAGGAGGCAGUCUUAUCAUGGGAGGGGCUGAGCCCACUCAGUACAUUGGAUCAGUGUGGUACACCCCCAUAGUGGAGGAAUGGUACUACCAAGUAGAGGUUUUGAAGCUGGAAGUCGGGGACCAGAAUCUAGACCUGGACUGCCGGGAGUAUAACAUGGAUAAAGCUAUAGUUGACAGUGGGACGACACUGCUGCGUCUUCCUGUCAACGUUUUCAAUGCCGUGGUAGCAGCCAUCACACGCGGAUCUCUGAUCCAGGAGUUUUCUUCAGGGUUCUGGGAGGGCACAAAGCUUGCAUGCUGGAUAAAGGGAGAGACCCCCUGGAGGUUUUUCCCUAAGCUGUCCAUCUACCUGAGGGCAACAAACACCAGCCAGUCAUUUCGCAUCACCAUCCUGCCACAGCUGUACAUUCAGCCAAUCACAGAUGUGGACGGCACUUUAGACUGCUACCGAUUUGGCGUGUCUUCCUCAUCUAAUGGCCUGGUCAUAGGUGCUACUGUCAUGGAAGGCUUCUAUGUGGUGUUUGACCGCUCCAAGCGGAGACUAGGCUUCGCACUAAGCAGUUGUGCAGUGAACGGGGGAAUUGCUCUGUCAGAGAUUGCAGGGCCCUUCUCGGCUGCAGAUGUAGCGUCCAAUUGUUCUGGCGGGCCACUGAAGGAGCCUCUCCUCUGGGUGAUCUCCUACGCCCUCAUGGCGGUCUGCGCCUUUGUCCUCGUCAUCCUGCUACUCCUUUUAGUCCUACCCUGCCGACGCAGACACCACUCAGGGGAGAUAACCGAUGAGUCCUCACUGGUCCGUCACCGUAUCAAGUGACUGAGAGGAAAGGGACAGGCAGACAGGGUGAAUGGACAGGGCGACAGCGUGCAGAACCCACCCACGGCAGUGGAGAACGGCGUUAGACUCGGCCUAAAUCAAACAGUCACACUUGGCCCUGAUUGCCCAGCAGACUUUAGACUGAACUCAUCAGGCUGCCCUGUGGAGGUAGAAACAGAUGGAUCACUGGCCUCUUUAAGGGAAAAUCCACCCUAAAAUCACCUCUUAGAGACUAUGUUGCUAUGGUAUUUACUGUUUCAUGUCUUCCCUUGUUCCAUAUCUGUUCUUUAGCUCUGAUAAUGGCUGAGACGUCCUAGGUAGUUCCAUCCUUACAGCUGGGGGAACAUGCAUUAAUGUGUUUCUACUCUACACAAACAUGAUGAAGGAAACGCUAGACUGAUGCUAAUGACAGGGACUGGUCUACUGAAGUAUAUCUGCUAUUUCUCGCCACCAUUUCUCUUUUUUCAGUCUGUUGUGCUCCCUCUACGACGCAUCAGAAAAGCAGGGAUGUUGCCAGAGCUCACACUCCCUCUGUCUCAUAUUUCCACCUUGCAGCACCAUCUUCAUUGUUCUUCUUUUACUUUGCCUGUUGGUUUGUGCAGAGUUGUGACUUGUGCACAUGCAGGGUGCUCUACGCUCUGAUUGGUCAACUUCAUUGACUUGAUGGAACAAAUCAAGGAGGUCAGGAGGCAUCCGAGGCGUUUGCUAUGACACGCUAUAUGGGAUCAAACAGUCUAUUUAUAGGGCCUACAGGCAUGGGUGUUGCACAGGGGGAAAAGGGUACUGAUUCCCUGGGCCCACAGUAGGAAGGGGCCCUUGAGAUGCCUGUAUGGAAGCCCAUUUGGGCCAAAUGAAAAAGAAAAAAAUGUGAAAGUACAGCAUUUCUUGGAAAAA